CGUCACUCGGCCUCCACCAAUGGCAGCGCAGCCGCUUAACUUUAGUGAUAAGAGAUAAACCGUAAAGGGAGAGCGGACUGAAGGAGUUUCACUCGGAUCUCCUCAGUGUUCACACACAGUGUCUGUCCAGGAUUGGAGUGUUUUAUUUCCAUCACCUGGGCAGUUCAUGCGAGGCUGCGGCAGCAGCAGCAGCAGCAGCAGCAGCAGCAGCAGUACCUCCAACACCACCACCACCUCCACCUGCUCCCCGCUCUCCUCAUCACACUGCUGUCAGUGAGUGCGUUGCACUGCUGGUCAGAUGUUGGGGGACAAGGCUCACGGUGUGACGCUGAAGGUGAUGGAAUACACAUAUGAUGAGGACCUGGAAGAACUGUGUCCUGUGUGUGGAGACAAAGUGUCUGGAUACCACUACGGUCUGCUCACCUGCGAGAGCUGCAAGGGCUUCUUCAAGAGAACAGUGCAGAACAACAAGAGGUACACGUGUGCAGAAAACCAAGAGUGUAAAAUAGACAAGACCCAGAGGAAGAGGUGUCCAUUCUGUCGCUUCCAGAAAUGCCUCAAUGUCGGGAUGAGGCUAGAAGCGGUGCGAGCAGACCGCAUGCGUGGGGGAAGGAAUAAAUUUGGCCCCAUGUACAAGAGAGACAGGGCCUUGAAGCAACAGAAGAAGGCUUUGAUACGAUCCAACGGCUUCAAGCUGGAGAGCGCCGCUGCCCCGCCGGCCUCACCGCUGCAGGCUGACUACAGCUUCACCGGCACUCUGCACACCCUGCCCGCCAUCUCCAAAAGUCUGCUCCCCUCCACCCCGAGUUCCCUCACCCCUACAGACUACGAAGCCAACCUGUAUGGACCCCCCUCCCUGGGUAUGGCCAUGCAGUCCCAUGUGCCCCUCACCACACAGUACCAGUACACAGCCUUCCCCAGCAGGGCCAUUAAAGCUGAGUGUCCUGACUACACCAGCUCCCCCGAGUCCCUCACAGGAUACCCCUAUCCAGACAUGUACCCGUCCACCUCACCGCAGCCGCCCAACCUGCCGCCGCUCGUGCUGGAGCUGCUGCGCUGUGACCCGGACGAACUCGCGGUGCAGAACAAGAUUGUUGCGCACCUGCAGCAGGAGCAGGGCGGCCGGGCCCGACUGGACAAGCCCAGCACCUUCAGCCUCAUGUGUCGCAUGGCGGACCAGACUCUCUUCUCCAUAGUGGAGUGGGCUCGCAGCUGCAUCUUCUUCAAGGAGCUCAGGGUCGGCGAUCAAAUGAAACUACUUCAUAAUUGCUGGUCAGAACUUCUGGUCCUGGAUCACAUUUUCAGACAAGUGCAGCAUGGAAAGGAAGACAGUAUCCUGUUGGUGACCGGCCAGGAGGUCGAGCUGUCAUCCAUCUUGUCCCAAGCCGAGGCGACUCUGUCGAGUCUGGUACAGAGAGGUCAGGAGCUGGUGACGAGGUUGCGGGCUCUGCAGGUUGACCGCAGGGAGAUAGCGUGUCUAAAAUUCCUCCUCCUCUUCAACCCUAAUGUGAAGCUGCUGGAGAACCAGGCGUUCGUAGAGGGCGUCCAGGAGCAGGUGAACGGGGCUCUGCUGGAGUACACCCUGUCCAGCUACCCUCAGUUUCAAGAGAAGUUCAGCCAGCUGGUGGUGAGGCUGCCUGAGCUGCGCUCCCUCAGCACGCAGGCCGAGGACUAUCUGUGCUACAUGCACCUGAGUGGAGAGGUGCCCUGCAACAACCUGCUCAUUGAGAUGCUGCAUGCCAAACGAGCAUGCGUGUGAGAGAGGGACAUGCUGUGCAGGAUGUCAAGCCCACCCACCAUCAUGACGUGUUGUUUGUCUAGGUGAGACUGAGUUGGUGAGGGAAAGUUUGACUGAGAUAUGGUAAAAAAUCUAAAUGGUUGACAAUGGGUUAUCUUUGUUUGAAUUGGAGAGGAAGAAAUAUUCUUUUGAGUUUUUUUUUGAUAUUUUAUGUCCCACAGAACUGUCCUGUAAACCCAGCAUCCUGCAUUAUGUGUUGCCAUUGUACAUUUCUACUAACCACACAUUCAUUUGAGCUCAUGUCUCUCAUUUACAUGUCUACAGAUGUACAUACAGUAUCAGUGUUUUCAUAGAGAGUGAGAGUGUUUCCCAAACUU